AUGGUCGCAACUUUUGGUGAUGUCAGCCCGGGGAAAUUUUUCAUAAGUGUUCGAAGAAUCCAAAGGGGCGUCGAAGAGUUUGUUGAGGAUGGGAAUCCGGGCACCGCCCCGACGAUCUACGAUAGCGACGGUGAACUGGUCUGGCAAGGCCCUCUACGAAAGACCAUGAACUUCAGAGUGCAGAAGCUAUUUGGCGAAGACGUCAUUACCUUCUGGUCUGGUGAAACUGGCGUGUUAGGCUACGGCUAUGGCCGUGUCCAUAUUCUCGACUCCUCGUACAACGAGAUCUACACGGUCACACUAAAGGUCAAUAUCAACACCUAUGAUGGUGUUGAGCGAGAUUCUUACGUCGAUGUCCAUGAGCAUCUCAUUACCCCCCAGAAUACAAUCAUUCUCUCCGCUAUCAAUAUUGCCCAGGCCGACACGAGUGAUAGACCUGACGGCUUUCCGGAUACCUGGGUUAUCGACAGUCAAUUCUAUGAAGUCGACAUCACUACAAACGAGAUCCUCUUCUCGUGGAGUGCCCUAGACCACCCGGACUAUCUCCCAUUAGUAGAUUCUAAAAUGGAGAUCGGCGGAAAUGGGAGAGCCCAGAAUGAUCCGUGGGAUGCUUUCCAUAUGAACUCAAUCCAGCCAGUCAAAGGCGGCUAUGUGAUUUCGAUUCGGUUCUGGUGGUCAGCAUUCUGCUUUGAUCUUAACGGCAAAUUUCGCUGGCAGCUCUCAGGCGGUGGCCCAGAAGAAGGCACUAUCGAGAACGAUGCGUUCUUUGCUUGGCAACAUGAUAUCCGCGUUUACAACCAAACAGACGAUAGCUUAGUGCUUACUGUGUUUGAUAACCACGCGAGGAUGGCCGACGGGCCUAGGGAUGAGACAACAGGGUUGGUUAUCGACGUGGACCUGGUGAAAAUGAAGGGCUCCACGGUCCGCCGCGCAAACUCAGCCGGGGCAGACCCUAGCGAAUCAAAGACACAAGGCAGCUUCCAGCUACUCGACUACAAUACGACCGGCCAUAUGCUCAUGGGGUACGGGUCAGUGUCUAAGUUCAAGGAGUUCGACGGUGAUGGGAAAAUAGUGCAGAUCGGCCAGUUUGGCUAUCCCAAGCAUGCGCAGUCCUAUCGCCUCUUAAAGUAUCCUUGGAAAGCGAUUCCUUAUUGGAUGCCUAACGUCGUGGCUAAGCGCACCUCCCAAUACACUUCCGACAUAUCAGUCUAUAUGAGUUGGAAUGGCGCGACCGAGCACGACAACUGGAACAUCUACAGCAUUCCCAAAGCCACUUCUACCAUGGAUGAAGCCACUCUCCUGGCUAAUCAUCCCCGUUACGGCUUUGAGACACACGUGGAGCUCCUGCUUCCAGAAGUCGAGCACAUCAUUGUGGAGGCUCGACAGGGUGAAAAGGUGUUGGGCACCUCUGAACCUACAGAUAUCCAGCCGUGCGAGUUGGAUUCUGACGAGCAACCCGACCAAUCGUUCUCGGUUGCAUCUAAGUUUACUCGUUCCCAAGUCGGAGCCUACACCGCGCUGGUGGUGUGGGGCCUCUAUAGUCAAAUUAUAUUUUAA